AAUGUGGCCUAAUUUGAAACUAGGAUGUGUUUCUGUCAAUAGAUAGCACACUAUACUUGGAUUUUGGUAUCCGAAAUGCUGUUCACGAUUUUUGCUUUAUACAUAUUAUGCCGAACUACAAGCUGCACACUUUAUAGUGAAAUGAAAGGUGUUGAUGUCCUCUCUCCGGAAGUAUUUGAUGGGAAAACGUCAGAAGGAGAUUGGCUUGUCAUAUUUUACCGUAAAUCAUGUGGACAUUGUAUAAAUUAUUCAAAAGUAUUCCUGGAGUUUUCUGUGUCCGCUAGGAAUUGGAAAUGGGCACUUCAUCUUGGGUCUGUUGAUUGCGAAGAUGAGCAGAAUACAGCACUUUGUAUUCGCUUUGGAAUCGAUUCAGUACCAUCUCUUGUGUUUCUGUUUACAACAGAUGGCAAGCAGUCAUGGGAAGAAGUUAGUGCAAACAAGAAUGCAUCCUUACUACGACUGAAUGUAGCUUCUAAGUUGCUAAAUGUUUCUUCACUGCGUCUUCCAAGGGAAGAGUCAGUUAACGAACCACUAACUGUUACGAGUAAUAAUUCUGACAUAAAUACAUUGAUAAUUCUGGAUUAUAGUCUUCCUCUAAGAAGACAAAUUACCGGUGCUAUUAAAAAUGAGGCAACGGAUAUUGUGGUCACAAGUUCUCUUUCCAACCUCAUAAUUGCUAGAGGUACGGAAGAAGAAGUUAGAAAAGUUCUUGACAAAAUGUCAAAUACCUUGCCAGGUUUGCAGGAAAAUGCGGAAUCAGAACUCAGUAAAUCCACACCAGUUCCUGGAAAAUAUCUACCAGUUUAUGGAGUUGAUAUCUACCGAUCACUGAGCAUGCUGUUACAGUUAGAUGUUGGUGCACGUGAUGCAAUCGAAGGAUCAUCAUUAGCAGCUCUUAAAGAAUUCCUGCAGAUGUUAUAUGAAUUGCUACCAGCUUCUCAAGAAUAUAAAGAUUAUCUUACAAAAAUUUCUGCCUGGUUAAAUUCUAAAACAAGUACAACGGGUAGAGAAUGGACUGAAUUUCUUAAACAAAUUGAAUUCCCUAUCUAUAAAGGUCCAUUUAUCGGAUGUAAUGGUAGCAAACCGCAUUAUCGAGGAUAUCCUUGUGGUCUAUGGACUUUAUUUCAUGCUUUGACUGUUGAACAAUAUUUGUUGGCAUCUUCCAGCCCAGAUCCCCCAAUGGACUCAGUAUCUCACGCUUUGAAUCGCUUUGUUCCUCGGUUUUUCUCGUGUUCAUAUUGUGCAUUUCAUUUUGCCCUGAAUACAGCAAAUAUAGUAAGACCAGGUGAAUCAAUCCUACCAGAGAAUCGUGCCCGUCCUCAUCCAGAUGAAUUCUUUUUUGAUGAGUCAAUUAUCCCAACUCUUCCAAAAGCCCCAGUAACUUCAAGAGAUAGUGUACUGUGGUUAUCGAUUAUACAUAAUCGUGUGAAUAAGCGUUUGGCUGGUCAGUUAUCCGAAGAUCCCACGGCACCUAAAAUCCAAUUUCCACCAGUUUCUUUAUGCCCUAAUUGUUGGGCACCAGAUUCAAAGGGUCAGUUGGAAUUGGGUAAGACUCCACCAACUGAAGAAGCAUUAUUACAAUUUCUUGUUCAAAGAUAUCGUGCAUCGUCAUGGGAUUAUGAACAACUACCUACAGUAUUUAUUACUAAUGCUGUCAGUCGUGAAAGAUUUCGUGAAAGAAGCACAAUAAAAUCUCAAUCGAGCAAUGUAAAAACUUAAUUAAAUUUCAUGAAAUACACUCUUUUUUAUUAUCGCACAUUCACUUUCCUUUUAAGAGAUGUUACGCACACUAGUGAUUUUAUUAUUCAAUGACGGGUAUCAUGAUCUUCGAAGACAAUAUUUCUGCUAGUGAUCUUUUUAUAACACAAUCUAUAUACAUUUAUGUUUGGAUAUGUAAUUGUAAUACCUUACUGAAAUAUUUGUUAAUAUUCACACUGCUUUGAUUAUUACUUCACCAGAGAUUAUUAUUUUGUUUACAAAGUAGUGUUUUGACACAGUUAGGUUGUUAUUGUUUUGUUUAUUUGUCUCUGACGUAUUUAUUCCAUCACAUCUAUGAUAGUAUAUCUGUUUGUUGGUGAAUGGUUUGCACGUUGUUUCUGAUAUGUUUUAUACAAAAUCAUAAAAAAUUAUGUUCACACUAAAGUCACCUAACCAUAUGCGGCUCUAUCAGUAGAAGAUUAUUACGAAAUGACCAUUAUUGUUUGUGUCAUACCUAUCAUAGCAUCAUUGAAUUUUUAAGUUACCUUGAAAUAAAAUAGCCUGUUAACGCAGAUGACAAAUUACACGGAAAUUAUUUUUCAUUGUGGUAAACAGUACUAUCAUCUCACUCCUACCGAAGGUUGAACUGACAAACUAAAUCGUGUAAGCGAUAUUUCAAUUUUUGAAAUAAGUAUUUUCAUAGAUAAAUUAUAGCCUACAAACUGUAACGAAUCCUUUUAAUUUCUUCGUUUGUUAUAGGAAUUGAAGACAGAACAACCGGUCUCUGAUCUGAUGAUUAUAUCCAUCAUAUCUGUUGUGCUUACAAUACUGGCAGCUAUAAUUCUACUUUUCGGUUUACGUUACAUUUGUCGUGGUCAUCGGUUUUACCGUGGAAGACGAGUGCAGCACACAAGUGGUCAAACAGUUUAAUCAUUGUAAUUUCAUUCUACAGCCAACUAAAACAUAUAAGUAAUUAUUUUUGCAAAUAAAGCAGUUAACUAUGAAGUAAACAAAACUUCUUUUCAGCUUCUUUGACUGUAAUCUGCAUAUUUGCUUUUCUUCUUUUCUGUUUUUGCGUGUAACUAGUUUUUUUUAUACCAGUUCCCUUUUAUUUCAUUACUUCUUGUGCAUGUAAAGUAAACUAGUCAUUCUGCUUGUUUUACUCUUCUUUUUAGCUGUUUCAUGUCUAUUUUGUGGAGUUUUUGCGCUAUGAGUUUAUCGCUUUUUACAAUACAUUUCUUUUCUGUCCCGAUACUGUGUGAAAAGUACCAUAUUUGAGGAAUGUGUACAAAACAUCAAGUCAAAACUACUACUACUACUACUACUACUACAACUGCUUUCAUUGAAUAAAACAAUAUUUUCAUAUACUUGUUUAAAUGACUUUUGAUGCUUACUUCUUCAACUGUGUUAUUUUCUAUUCCUCCAGGUUUUUUUGAUCUGAAUAUAUUGUACUUCUUCGUCUACUGCCAUUGAAUUGAUUCAAGUCUUCCAUAAUUUAUUUAGGGUAAAUGCAUGUCACAGCUUAGUACUUCUUGGAAUAUUCGAAUACUUACCUCUUAACCUGCCUACAUCGACCUAUUAACCCCAGUCAGUUAGUUUUCUUUACACCUCUGUUUAAACCUGACAUCACGUUGAUCAACUACAGUGAAAUAAUCAUUGUUUAUUUCAGAGUGAUAAUAAUAAUUUUU